ACCAGCCAGGAGCCACCCAUCCUCCAGCACACUGAGCAGCAAGCUGGACACACGGCACACUGAUCCAAAUGGGUAAGGGGAUGGUGGCGAUGCUCAUUCUGGGUCUGCUACUUCUGGCGCUGCUCCUACCGGUGCAGGUUUCUUCAUUUGUUCCUUUAACCAGUAUGCCGGAAGCUACUGCAGCCGAAACCACAAAGCCCUCCAACAGUGCCCUACAGCCUACAGCCGGUCUCCUUGUGGUCUUGCUUGCCCUUCUACAUCUCUACCAUUAAGAGGCAGGUCAAGAAACAGCUACAGUUCUCCAACCCAUACACUAAAACCGAAUCCAAAUGGUGCCUAGAAGUUCAAUGUGGCAAGGAAAAAAACCAGGUCUUCAUCAAAUCUACUAAUUUCACUCCUUAUUAACAGAGAAACGCUUGAGAGUCUCAAACUGGACUGGUUUAAAGAGCAUCUGAAGGAUUUGACUAGAUGAUAAAUGCCAAUAUUAAAUCUGUUGGAGUUUCAUGUUUAAGACGGAGGAGAAAGAGAACAUCAAAAAUUACUUAGCAAGCUAUGGAAUGGAGAUUCAGUUUUCGUUUUAGUUUGUUAAAUCUACAAGGCUGUAAAAUGAUUAGGUUACAAGAUGUUCACCUAAGAUUGAAACCUAGUGACUACAUUUCCUACGGGAACAAAUAAAUGGUUUUUCAUCUCCCGGAGAUACAUUACAAACAAAUAUGGUGCUAAAAGAACUCCUUACCUUUCUCUGACUACAAUUUAUUUGGACAUACUUUUGUAUUGAAGAGAGGUAUACAUACUGAAGCUACUUGCUGUACUAUAGGAGACUCUGUCCUGUAGGAUCAUGGACCAUCCUAGUAGGGAAAAGGAUGAAAGACAACGGACAACUAAACCCAUGGCACAAAGGAGUGCACACUGCUCUCGACCAUCUGGCUCCUCAUCAUCCUCUGGGGUUCUUAUGGUGGGACCCAACUUCAGGGUUGGCAAGAAGAUAGGGUGUGGGAACUUCGGAGAGCUCAGAUUAGGUAAAAAUCUCUACACCAAUGAAUAUGUAGCAAUCAAACUGGAACCAAUAAAAUCACGUGCUCCACAGCUUCAUUUAGAGUACAGAUUUUAUAAACAGCUUGGCAGUGCAGGUGAAGGUCUCCCACAGGUGUAUUACUUUGGACCAUGUGGGAAAUAUAAUGCCAUGGUGCUGGAGCUCCUUGGCCCUAGCUUGGAGGACUUGUUUGACCUCUGUGACCGAACAUUUACUUUGAAGACGGUGUUAAUGAUAGCCAUCCAGUUGCUUUCUCGAAUGGAAUACGUGCACUCAAAGAACCUCAUUUACCGAGAUGUCAAGCCAGAGAACUUCCUGAUUGGUCGACAAGGCAAUAAGAAAGAGCAUGUUAUACACAUUAUAGACUUUGGACUGGCCAAGGAAUACAUUGACCCCGAAACCAAAAAACACAUACCUUAUAGGGAACACAAAAGUUUAACUGGAACUGCAAGAUAUAUGUCUAUCAACACGCAUCUUGGCAAAGAGCAAAGCCGGAGAGAUGAUUUGGAAGCCCUAGGCCAUAUGUUCAUGUAUUUCCUUCGAGGCAGCCUCCCCUGGCAAGGACUCAAGGCUGACACAUUAAAAGAGAGAUAUCAAAAAAUUGGUGACACCAAAAGGAAUACUCCCAUUGAAGCUCUCUGUGAGAACUUUCCAGAGGAGAUGGCAACCUACCUUCGAUAUGUCAGGCGACUGGACUUCUUUGAAAAACCUGAUUAUGAGUAUUUACGGACCCUCUUCACAGACCUCUUUGAAAAGAAAGGCUACACCUUUGACUAUGCCUAUGAUUGGGUUGGGAGACCUAUUCCUACUCCAGUAGGGUCAGUUCACGUAGAUUCUGGUGCAUCUGCAAUAACUCGAGAAAGCCACACACAUAGGGAUCGGCCAUCACAACAGCAGCCUCUUCGAAAUCAGGUGGUUAGCUCAACCAAUGGAGAGCUGAAUGUUGAUGAUCCCACGGGAGCCCACUCCAAUGCACCAAUCACAGCUCAUGCCGAGGUGGAGGUAGUGGAGGAAGCUAAGUGCUGCUGUUUCUUUAAGAGGAAAAGGAAGAAGACUGCUCAGCGCCACAAGUGACCAGUGCCUCCCAGGAGUCCUCAGGCCCUGGGGACUCUGACUCAAUUGUACCUGCAGCUCCUGCCAUUUCUCAUUGGAAGGGACUCCUCUUUGGGGGAGGGUGGAUAUCCAAACCAAAAAGAAGAAAACAGAUGCCCCCAGAAGGGGCCAGUGCGGGCAGCCAGGGCCUAGUGGGUCAUUGGCCAUCUCCUCCUGCCUAAGGCUCUGAGCAGGUCCCAGAGCUGCUGUUCCUCCACUGCUUGCCCAUAGGGCUGCCUGGUUGACUCUCCUUCCCAUUGUUUACAGUGAAGGUGUCAUUCACAAAAACUCAAGGACUACUAUUCUCCUUCUUCCCCUUAGUUUACUCCUGGUUUUUACCCCACCCUCAACCCUCUCCAGCAUAAAACCUAGUGAGCUAAAGGCUUUGUCUGCAGAAGGAGAUCAAGAGGCUGGGAGUAAGGCCAAGAAGGUAGGAGGAAAAUGGCAGACCUGGGCUGGAGAAGAACCUUCUCCGUAUCCCAGGUGUGCCUGGCAGUAUGGUUUCCUCUUCCUCUGUGCCUGUGCAGCAUUCAUCCCAGCUGGCCUUGGGGUUCAGGUUCCUUCUUCCCUCCCUCCUAUGAAGUUACACUGUAGGACACAAGCUGUGAGCAAUCUGCAGUCUACUGUCCCUGUGUGUUGGCGUUCUUAGCUUUUUUGACAAACUCUUUUCUCCAGGUAGUAGGACAAUGAAAAUUGUUCUAAGCAAAGGAAAGAAAACUGACUUUGUUGCACUUUUAGUUUUUUUUAAAAAAACAAAAACAAAAACAUGGCAGAUGCAUAUUGUGUCUGAUUAUAUUGGGGGUUUUACUUUUACCUGUUUUGAGGGGGAUGGGGCCGGCCAAGCCAUUCAGAGAGAACAUGGGUCCAGAGGACAUUCUCAGUGGAAAGAGUUUGAUCUGCAGCACCCAGAAGAGAAGCCAAACUCAGUGUCAUUCUGAGUGAACACUCAGGUUGGCAAGAAAACAUACUUGAAUUUUCAUUCAUCUUCUCAGCAGCUGAAGAAUGUCCCUACCAGAGCAUCUUGACCUAAUCAGCUUACAGUUUGAAAACCUAGCUCUCCAGAACAUGAGAUGAGCCAGCCGAGCCAGACUGUGACCAGGAAACAGCUCAUCCCAGAGAAGGAGAUGCUUAACAAAAAAAAAAAAUUGAAAUUGUUUCCUAUGCUGCCGGGGACUUCCAACUAGAUAGCCAUGUGACGUCCUGGUGACUUGGGGGAAAAAUUAGUGAUGAAACAGCCACCACCAUAUUGCCAUUAGUGGAAAAAAAGAGGACAGUGAACCUGCCUUCCACCUGCCAGAGGGACCUCAGGGUGUGGCAUUAUAGGGCCAGGAAAAGAAAAUCGGUGUAUCCUAUCUGCCCCAAUAGCUGAGCUGUAGCAUUUGGGCUGGCCUGCCUUAUCAGAAACCAAGCUUAUGAAGAUCUUCUCCCAGCAGGUCCAUAGCAGUAGGCUUAGGAUGCAGUAUAUGGGGCCGCAUUUAAAAGGAGGGAAAGAUUGUUUGGUGCUGGAACAUUCCAGGGAAAAGGAGACUGGAAUGAAAGGUCUGAAAUUAUCUUCUCAAUUGGACUCCUUCCAGAAAGGUGGCCGUGCCUCUAAGCAUGUUUUUCCCAGUAUGCCCUAGGCCUCCCCCCAUGGUGUUUUCAUAUGAGGUACUACUGUGAAGGAUCUUGGUUCCUCAUUCACUGUUUGACAAGUCUUUCAUGUGUGGAGUUACUCUUCUCAUGCCCAAUUUUCAUUUGAGUUUAGUGGCUUAACCAAACAAUGACUCCUCAUUCCAGCGGUGACAGAAGAGAAAGGGUCAUUUACAUCAGGAAAGAGGUCUUGUAUCUGGGAGUAGAGAGCUAACCAUGGAGCACAGUGGCUGGUGGGUGACUUAGUCUGAUGGUUUGUGGACCAUAGAAGUCUUCACCUCUGGUUUGAGGUGCAGGGCUGUCUUUUGGACUGGAGGGUGUGGGGAUAUUUUCUGAUAGUUGCCAUUUCUUGAAAAAUUCCCUUGAUGUACCUUACACAGAGCAGAAAUAACAUUAACAUGGAUCAGAGGUACUGGGCUUCAUCUGUUCCAUUGGACCUUGGCUAGGGAAUAUCAUUUCACUGGCAUCAAACCUGCUUAGCUUAUGAAAAGAUGGUAAUAUGUCAUUUCUAUAAAUGUUUCUAUAUAUGAAACAUAGAGUGGCAGGGAGAUACAAUAUCACACCCCUUCCCCACAAGGACUGUGAAUAUUGGGAUUUAUGUCCUUGCCAUUACCUAGUGGUUACAGCCCUAUCACUAAAAUUUACAUAGUUUCUCAGUUGGGAUUUGGGCAUUGCUAUCUUACUGUAUAGAAAGUUUAACUUUUCCUCACCCCUGUAUAGAAAAUGCCUUCCCUCUCAAGAGAGGGCAGAGGGGGGCCAGGUGCAGUGGCUCACGCCUGUAAUCCCAGCAGUUUGGGAGGCCAAGGCAAGUGGAUCAUGUGAGGUCAAGAGUUCGAGACCAGCCUGGCCAACAUGGUGAAACCCCGUCUCUACAAAAAAUACAAAAAUUAGCUGGGCGUGGUGGCAUGCUCCCGUAGUCCCAGCUACUCGGGAGGCUGAGGCAGGAGAAUCACUUGAGCCUGGGAGGCAGAAGUUGCAGUGAGCCGAGAUCGCACCACUGCACUCCAGCCUGGGCAACAGAGUGAGACUCUGUCUAAAAAGAAAAAAAAAAAGGGCAGAGGGAAAUGGUGGGAAUGCCUGGAGCAUCCUGGCACUCUAUACUCUACUGAGUGCCUCACUUCAGCCCCUCACCCUGCUUCCACACAGAAACACACAAAAGCAAAGGCACUGACCAGCUUGGCUGCAGGGCAAGCUGCCUUGCAGCUGGAUUUGCGACUUUUUUUUUGUCUUAAAAUUUUUACUGGAUCAGUUGUAGGGGACCGUACUUCCUAAGACACUGUUCUCACCUUCCAACCUCACAAAUCUCUUACUAGAUAUCUGGUUUUCAUAACAAAGGUAAAGAAUCCCAGGUCCCUUUAGCAUGCAGAGUAAUGGUGAUCCCUCCAGGGCCAUUGGCGCUUCAAAGUGGUCCCAGACCUGGGAGAUUCUGGUGGGAUCUUCCUUAAAAAUAAGCAAAAAACCUGAGUACCCUAGAUGCAAUUGGCCAUUUGUUUCAGCCCCAUCAGCAAAUCAGGGCUCCCUCCUCAACCCUACUGCUACAGUUCCUUAGCUGUAUGCCUCAGCCAGAUCCUUGGGGUUAGGGCAUGCACUCGCUGACUGUCCCCACCCAUCCACUUGCUCUGUAGUUUCUGAGCUUUCUCCAUUUCACAAGUAUGGUGCCUAACGAUCUUUUUCUUUAGGAUUGAUGCAAUUGUUUUUCCUGAAAGCUAACUCAGCAUCUAUUCAUAAAAACCCUUAAUAGUAUACAUUAGGAGUUUUCCCAAGCUCUACAGUCCCUCAGACAUUGCAUCCUAAACAGAUUUGAGGCACACAGGCCAAGACUCCACCAAGGCAUAAAUGGUACCCCCUACUCCCUUUUGACCAGGGUAUCACUUGUGUCUUUGCAGUAAGAGUUGGUCAAGUUGCUCUACGCACCUUGGUGCUUUCCAGAGAUCUCACUCCAGACUGCCCCCAAGGGUGGAUAGAGUAUCCUGACAGCCAGUGUGCACUCAUGACUGCCUUAAUUAACAUUCUUCUGCUAUUAUGGAGCCUGUCCAGCAGUAAACAGGGUCUUGGAAGGUACAAGAUUAGCUUCCAGUUAAAAUCCCAUUUUAUAUUGGAAUGCAUGAGCUACAGAUGACAGCAGAGAUCCUGAGGUUUCUAGACAUGUUGAUUGUCUCUUUUUUCUAAAUGAACUCCAAGUACUUAGAAAACAGUCCCUGUCCAUCAGCCAGAAAAGGUGACCAUCACCCCUAAAGUAAUUUCCAAACUUAGUUCAGUGGGAAGAUAUGCUGGUAGUGCAUAUUCAGUGUUGAUUUUCAGUGCUAGUAACCACUUUUAAUGCCAGAAAUAUGUAACAAUGAUAAUGUAACGUCAAAGUGGUUACUAAAGAUUAUAGCCUUAACUUUUCUAUGUAAAAGAUAAAAUCCAUUCCUCCUCCCAGUGAGCAAGCAUGGCUUGCAUUUCUCAAAAAUGAGAACUUCCAUGGCAGCCAAGAAAACGUCUUCUCAGAGGAACUUUCGUUUGAUGCAUCUCCCAAGCCCACAUGCCUCCUGUGUCCCAGCCACCUCUUCCAUUUCACAUUUAAACCAGCUCUCCAUUCCCAUUGAGUUGCCCUAACAACAUUGUCUCCAGUGUCAGAACCAUAUUAAGGUUCGUUUCUCAGAUUGGGAGCCUGCAACACCAUACAGCCAACAUUGCCUUUGCCACGCCACUGCCACCAUUGCCCUAUGGUGGGCAGAUGAAUUCCAGAAACCCUCAGGGAGCCAGGAUAAUUAGGCAACCCAUCUGAAUUGGCCACGUAAGUGACAGGCACUUAUCUCUCGGGUUCUUGCUUUUGCAGACUCCAGGGAAGUCCUGUCUAGAGGUCGAUGGCAGAGGCUCCUAGUCUUUCCCAUGAGGGGUUGAUAGGAAUCAAAUUGGGAUUCCUUUGGCUUUGGGUUUUGUUUUUUUGUUGUUGUUUUUGGUUUUCAGUUUGUUUUUUGGUGUAUGGGGGGUGAUUUUGUUUCUGAAUAAGAAAAAGAAGAGGCAACCAUGGCCCUUACGUGGGUUUAUAAAGUUUUGAGCAAUGUUUUAGCCACAAGUAAGGAAUCUUGAAAGUCUUUUAUCCAGCAAGCAGUCUUAAAAAUGUUUUUCCUAACUCCUUUUGCAAGUGACUAAGUACAAAAAAAUAGUUUUCUCAUUGUAUUCAAAAUAGUGAGUAGGUUCCCUGGAUAAUACACAGUGGUAGUUGACAUAUUUUCUCAAAACACAACCAGAAAACCCACUUCCAGUAUUUGUAAAUCACCUUUCAAGGGAAAAAGUGAACACGUAUUCCUUGUAUUUCUAGUUUGAUUACCAAACCUGAUGUUACAAAGAAACCUCCGUUCUGUAUACAGAAUUUCUUUUAUUUUUCUUCUUUUACUCCUCACAAUCACUUUCCCAGUGCCAUCACCAUCUAUAAGGUCUCAGAGCAGAGGAUUAUUCAUGGUAAUAAGUGGGGGUGUGGUGCAGCCAUUCCAGUAACACCCACAAGAGGACAGCUGUUCUGAAUGUCCCCACCCACCCCUCUUUCAGUACAGGUGAGACAUUUUCAGUUCAUGAGCUCCAGACCAAAUCCCAGGCCAGCCCUUGCACCAAAAGCCUUUUUUAGAAGGCUUAUCAGUCUAUUAGGAAUGUCUCAGGAAAGAUGAGCCAUUUCUUUGGGGAGAAAUAUAUUUACAGAUGGAAGUGUGUGAUUGCGUGUCUGUGUGUGUGUGUGGUGUGUGUGCGCAUGUGAGUGCGUGUGUUCAUCUGUGUGCAUUUCACUUCCAUAAAGACCCAGCCCAAGCUGCUGGGAACCAUGUGUUCCUGAGUAUUCUCAGAGGUAAACAAGUGACAAGUGAGCUUCUGAAAUUAGUGUCUCAGCAAGCUGGCUUUAGGAAUGAGCCCCAUUUUAUCAAGCAGAGAAAAAAAAUAACAGCAGAAAAGAUAAAGAUAAACCAAAAAUAUAUACCCCCCAAUGGAAAAUAAUGUUGAUUCAGCAAUUCCCAUAGGAUGUAUUACAUGCUCUAAUUUAUUAUAUUAUUAUUUAUCUGUCUUUGAUCUUUGCCCAUUGUACUCUUAAAAAGAUGUUGGGAUGUUGAUUGCGAUUUUUAAACAACUAGCUAAUGUAUAAAUCAGCAGUGGAAAUCAGUUUUAAUGUGUGGAUGUGUCUGAUUAUUGUUAAAUGCCUCUUUUUUUACUUUUUUUUUUUUUAGAUGUAUAAUGUUUCAUAAACCCUGGCACUGGUCACAAAGCUCAGCUGUGAAAAUGAAAUUUGUAGUAUUUUUAGACAUGAAUGUCAAUUUCAAGUGUAUUUGAAAUGGUUCCUCCAGGAGAGAUAUUUGUGCACCAUUAGGAAAAUCUUCUCUGCAGAGGAAGUAGCCUUCUUUGGAGAAAAUGGAAAAUGGGUUCUGAUAUGUGAUCUCAGAGUAGCCCAUUUCCUAGGGCACCAUGGAAAACACAAAUGUGAUCUUUAAGUAUACCUCUUCCCCAGUUUGGGGAGGAAAUGACUCAGUUUGCACCCUUUUUGUAUGUAAAAUAAAAUGUCUUACCUUUCUUGGCUA